AUGAUUCAUAUUCCUCCUGACUGGGCCUUGGCCAUAACCCAUAUUGCUAGUGAAUAUGUCUCUCGCCAGUUCCUUGCACUGAUCGGCGGACUGUCCAAUGCCAUUCCCCCACUCGAACUAGAUCUUGUCAUGCUCAUGGCAUGUUCAAAACUGGCUCGUACCCUCACCGAUGCCUAUCGGAACCCUGUUACUAUCAACUUAGAUGUAGCCAGGUAUGCAGAUGUUCUGCAAAUGAUGGAAAAAGGCAUCAACCCUGCUCGCGAAGACAGCCUUCUUUCCUGGUAUCCACCUGACAGCCAGAUCCAUCUUGAUUGGCUGACAGUUGUGUGUGACAAGUUCGGUAUCAUCGUCCUCUGGUAUCUUCCCGGCGCAAUUGAUCUGGCCAUACAGGCACCCAAAUUUCAUCCGCAUGUCUCAGCGACUCUUAAAGUGUUGGGACGGUCUUUCUGUCAGGCAAUGCAGAGACUGGCAGCGCUCAUCACCGCUGCAUUGAGAGUCAUGCACCCUAACCUCUAUUGGUCAUCAUUGGCAACAAAGCUAGCCUUGGGUCUCUGGGCAGCUGACAAGAAAUUGGACGAAAUGGGAGAUCAUCUCAGAGAGUGGGCAUCCGUAUUCACUGCACUCGCUAUCGUGUGCAACCGGCGUUCGCUGAUGCAUCGUGAUCCGCUGUCACGUCCCCAAUGGUUUGACGUCAUGACCACCUUCGGCAAUUAUGGAGUAGCAAGGAUGAAGAUGCCAAAUCUAGGCAUUGAAAGUGUCUACCCGGCAGGUUUAAUGGUCGCCGGAUCAGGACGAAUUAUUAGACAUGGAUUGGAUAUGGCAGACGGCAACCGAACAGCCUGGGUCUGGUACAUGAGGGAUGAUGUUCACGAGUUUAUGGAUAUCCCACAAGCGGACUACUCUAAGUACUGGUCACUAGUCACCAAUGCUCAAUAG